AAGCAUGACACGUACUCGAUCCCAAACUGGUCCAUUUCCUUUCUAUAUAGCCCUCACCGUUUUCCACAUUUGUUUUCCCAAAGCUUUACACUUUCAAGAUAACCAAACAAAGAACCAUCAAUCUGUUUUUUUUUUUAACUGGUUCUUGACAAAUUAGUGUGCUGUUGCCCGUUGGUUUUGCAUUGCUGAAGUGAAGAUCAACAAAGAACCAAGAAGAAGAUAUGGCUAGAACGGUUGGAAGAAGCUUGGCUGCUCCAUUACUGUUUCUGAACCUGAUUAUGUAUUUCAUCGUUUUAGGCUUUGCGAGUUGGUGCCUCAAUCAUUACAUCAAUGGCCAGACUAACCAUCCCAGCUUUGGAGGAAACGGAGCAACCCCGUUCUUCCUGACAUUCGCCAUACUAGCUUCCGUUCUGGGGAUUGCUUCGAAGUUAGCAGGUGGAAACCAUUUAAGGGCUUGGAGAAGCGACAGUCUAGCGGCUGCUGGAGCAUCUUCCUUAGUCGCAUGGGCCGUAACUAUUCUAGCUUUCGGAUUGGCAUGCAAGGAGAUAAAUGUUGGAGGCCGGAGGGGAUGGAGGUUAAAGGUUCUUGAGGGGUUCAUAAUAGCGCUAGGAGUGACUCAAUUGCUCUAUGUGCUGCUGAUCCAUGCUGGGAUGUUCAGCAGCAGAUAUGGUCCAGGGUACAGGGACCCUGACUAUGGUCUUGGUGCACCUGGAACUGAGCCCAAAGGUACCGCAGGUGUUACAGGGUCUAGGGUCUAAUGCAGUUGUCUUUAAAAUGGAUAGUUGUACUUUGAAUAUUUGGCAGUUGUUGCUUGGGCUCUGCAGGAGGACUACCUUUUCUUUUUGGUUGAUUUUGAUGAUUAGGACUAGUACUAGUAUUUCUUGUUAAUUUCUCCGGCGCAGACUUAAAUUUUUUUUUUUUUUUUUUGGCAUGGAACUAGUUGUAGCUUUUUAAUUGAAGUUUAGAUCUUAUAUUAAGUUUGCUAAGCAUGUUUGAUGAGGUUUUGUGAUUGAAGCUAUAUAUUGAUAAGGGGCUUGGAGUCGGUGCAA